AAGUGUCUGGUAAUGUACGCUUGCGUUUUUCCUAUCGAUCCCAUUUCAGUAGGGUGGUUGAGAACCCCCUUUGAACGGCACACGAGGGCUCAGCUUUUCGCUCGAUGCCGCUGCUUACGUCACUCGAGCUUAGCGUUUUAUUCAGAGACAACACUUAAAAGAAAAAUGCGUCAGUGAACGUUAUUUGCGAAACGAUUUCAUUAGUGACAGUGCGAAGGGGAACAAUGCCACGUCUUCGAAGACGAGGAGGAAAUAUUGGUCGACGUACAAGACAUUCACAAAUAGUUCGCACCCGUCGCUUAAACAGAACCGUAGAAGAUGCAAAUAUAAGACACCAGCUUGGAAAAACACGUGGCAAUGCAAGUGGACCCGUCAGAUGUGGUCCAGCCAGAAUAGUACAGCAGAUGGAAUCGCAAUCAAUUCGAACGCUACAAAAGAAACGCACUUCAAAUUUUCGCGAGGAUGAAACAAAAAUAUUGAUUCAACUUUGGGGCAGUCCUUAUAUACAGAACAAACUCUACCUAACUCAUAGAAAAGCCCCAGUUAUGCGUAUUUUGGCAGCGAACAUGCAGCAGCGUGGUUUUUACAGGACACCCGACGAGAUUAAAACACGCAUUCGCAAUUUGAAGUGUUUGUACCAUCGAAUUAAGCGUUCGACAUCUUGCGGAACGGGGGUGGGUACCGUCGACCCCGAUUGGCCGCAUUUUAAAGCGAUGGACGCAAUUUUGAGCAAAGAGGGCCAGAAGAGAGUCGAACACAUCGCUGAUGGAGUACUCGAAGGUCCCAGAUGCGAAGAUAUCAAGCAAGAAGUCGAAAUUGACAUCAACGAUGACAUGGAGUCUUGGGCAAAUGACAGCAUGUGUUCAGAAAACAGCAUGGAACCGCCGCCUCCACUACCCACACUGAAACCAGCCCCCGCAUUAAAGCCCAAAAUAAAAGAGGUGGAGAGUCUAGCUCAAAAACCGGUUCCGGCCGUCCUGCCCAGCUUCACUCUACCACAGCAAAACCAGAAACCAGGAAGUGUGCCUUCAAUUCCAUUACCAUUGUUAAUACUCAAUAGUUUACAACCACAAGCAAACCAAGAUAAAAAUAAGGGAACCUCCUCCACUGGAACCGGAGAUAGCUACUCCAACGAGUUGCACAGCGUGCUCAAAGAAAUUUUGGAAGUACAAAAGGAAAACCUAAGCGUGGAAAAGGAGAAGUUAGAGUUGGAAAAGCAAAGAUUGGAAUUCGACCGACUGGUUGGUUCCCAGCUGCUCUCCCUAGUGCCGAUGAUCGGAACUAUCCUACAACGGGUCACUGCUAACAGCCCAUCCGAAGACUCCAAGAGUAAGAAGCGGAAAGCCGAGGAUAUCGACAUUUUAAAGGACAGUAAAAUAUUGCGGUCCGUUCUCGAACAGGGUAUCAGAAAGUAUAUGCUAGGAGAAGACAAUGACGACAUCGACGACGAAAAGGAGAGCGACAACGAAGAGGAGGAGACCAGCCGUUCGAGUUCCAAGAAAUAAUCUUUUAUUUAUGUUUAACGCAAAGUGAUAGUCAUUUUAAUUUAGUACAAACGGAAGCAUUCCAUUUCAGUAUUACUUUAAUUUAUUUCGUUGUUUGUAAUUAAAACAUUAAAAAUCGA